AUGUCAAGCGUUGAAAUGUCGAGCACAGUUCAACAAGUUGAAAGCAUCAUUCAAACUAUUGAAAGGUUAGUUGAAAAAUUGAAAAAAAAAAGAAAAAAACAUCUGGGAAAAUUGCAUUUUUUUUGAGUCCAGAUGUGUUGUUGAAGAGAAAAAUUGAGUACUGUAUCUGAUCCAGAGGAAUCCCAGCUUUCUAGUGGUUCAAUGGACCUAAGCCAUGAAUAUGGGAUGAUAAAUAAUCAAAAACCUGAAUUUUUCAUCUCUGGAAGUCCGUAAAACCCAGAAAAGUUACAUUUUCUGUGAAAUCCUACGUUUUUCCAAACUAAAUUCUUCCGAAACCCGUUAUUUUAGAACAGAUCCAGAUAUUCCAGAUAUCCUAAAUGAGAAUCUAUCCAUUUGUAAGUUUUAUUGACACAUUUUCUAGAGAUUGGUAUCUGGAAAAUGUUUUUUCUAGGUUACUGUAAUAAUUUUCACUUGAUUGAAUAUGAAAUUGUUCGAUGAAAAGUCUCGAUAAUGUUUUUUCUUUUUUUUCAAAAUUCAAUUAUGUCGGUUACCGUAAUUCUAAUUUUUUGAACUUCGAAAUUUUUCUUCCGAAAUUUAAUUUCGAAAAAAAAUCAACAUUUAUGUAUAUAUAAAUUUUAUUCCCGCUGCUCAUUUUAUUCUCUUUUUCUAAUAUAUUUGUUUUCUUUUGGUCCAGAUUUAAUUUCGUUGUCUUUUUUCUAUGUUCAACAAAUCUUGUGAAACGGGAAAAAACAACAAGAAAUAGAAGCUGGAGUCGAAAAAAAAACGAAUUUCAAUUGUGACCACGUAGUUUCGGUCUCUCAUAAAAAAUUGAUGGGAAAAACUGGGUUCCCUUGUUUUGGUUUUUUACGCCGAAGAGGUUUUGAGCAAAAAAUCUGAGUUUUUGAAUUUCAUGAAUUUUUAGUGACUUUUGUUAUGAAUUUAUGAGUUUUUGAAACUUUCAGAUUUUUGUAACGUAACACCUUAUACAACAUCCAAUCAAAUAUCCCAUUUAUUUCGAUGGUGUGAAAAAUUAAAUCAUAAAAUUUUACAGCUAUAUGUUUAUGUGAAAAUAAUUGCUAGGUUUUUGAAACUCACAUUAAAUACAGUAAUCCUUGAAGCACUUUUUUCAUAUAUCUAUUCAUCUCAAACAAAAAUCGUUUGGUUACCAAAAAACAUGAAUUACAUAAAUUGAUGUUUUUAUGAAUGUUGCCUUUAUUUGAAAUGCAUUUUUAUGGGUGGACACUGACAAAAAAAGGCGCAUUGCAUGAGAACAUGUAUGAAAUUCGAGACUGUCGCAUUUUUUCUCAUAUUUUUUUAUUUUUUAUUUCAUUUUCAUCAAAAACCCUCAAUAAUUCAUCUCCACGCUUUUAUUUGUAUUACUUAUUUAUUUUUUCAAGAUGAGCAGUAAAAAAAGUUUAUUUUACUUUAUUUUAUUUUUGGACUUGGGUCAGAUCCUUCUUCUUUUAUUUUCUUAACUUCACUCAUGUCAAUUUGAGGCGACUUGUUUCCAAGAAAAAAAUUGAAAAGAAAAAAGAGCGACACUUUGUUUGUUGUGAAAAAAAGAAAUUCAGAAUUUACUCCAGUAAAACAGAAAUUUUCGAAUAAUACGGAGGGCAUUUUUCAUUCGUUGCUCAUCAUUUCUUUCUUCUUUCUCUCGAUUUUUUUCAAUUCCUGAAUAGGCAGACUAGACUUACUGAAAUGAAAAGGACGAGACAAGUUUUCGAGUUUUUUAAUGUUAUAUUCAUUUUCCGAUUGGCCCCUCAUUUCAGAGUCAUUUUCAUUUCAUCGCCUCUCAUUUUAUCUCAUUUUCGCUUUAUUUUAUGUAUUUCAGAAACAUUGUCAUGAAUUAUUUUAAAAAGUUAUGAGAUGUUGAAAAGUUCUGAUUCGGUUUUUGGCGGUCUUCCGUGCUCAUCAUCUCAUCGACAUUAUAAAGAUAAUUGUGAAAAUCAUUUUCAAACAACACAAAUUCAAACAACGUAAAUUUUCAAAUGAUUUUUUGAAUGUUGUGAUUGUGACCGCUUUGUAGUUUUUGAAAAUGUGAGAAAAUAGAUUAUAGGGUUAGAAUAGUGCAAAAAUUAUAAAUGAUCACAUUCAGAUAUCGUUUUUGGUGCAAAAAAUAAGAGAGGAAAGAACAAUUUGUCACUUUAGAUAAAUUUCCGAAUUUCUCAAACAAAGGAGUUACUUGAUUUUUUAAAAAAGUAUCUAUUCCUUAUUUUACUAGAAUCAGUUUGGGUUAUCUGAUGUGCGGAACUUUAAAUUUUUCAAAUUUUCUACUCCUGAAUUAUUUCGGAAAUUUUCCAAUUUAAAAAUAUCAAAUCAUCUUUUCAAAAGUUUCAAAAAUUCCUAGAUAACAUCAAAAUAAGGUAUCUGCCCAUAAAGAAAUCUGAACUUUGAGGCAUUUUCCAUGACCCCCUUUUUUCUCAAAUUGAAGAUGUGUUGAUUUCAAGAAAAAAAAGUGAAAAUGUGUCUCAUCUCAAUUUUUCUCUCUCAACACUGGUCAACAAGAAGCAAAAAAUGCGUAUGCGUAAAAACACCCAAAGGAAUUCCCUCGAGUAUUACUCAAACAGGAGCUAGAAGAGACAUUCUUUUUGUUCGUGGCAAAAACACACUCAACACAUAAAUGUAAUAUAUAAAUGUGUUUUUUAUAUUGCAUUUCUGUUCGAAAAACCAAACCCAUGUUUAUAUGUUUGCAGCAAAAUAGAGGGCUCUUCGCAACAACACAGCCCGGCUUCUAAUAGUUCAUCGGCUAAAUCUGAAGAUUCUGGACUUGAUGAUGGUGCGAAAAAAGUUAGUGUGGUUAGUUUUUUUCUAAUUUGUUUUAUUUUUAUUCUCAAGAUGAUCCAAUUAUUCCUGAAUUUCAGGCUAAGCCAAUUUCGCGUAAAUCAUCUCGAAUGUCACAAUCAUCGGGUGUUUCACUUCCACCAGUUCUUGAACAACUUGAACAUAUGAUUAUUUCGGAUGAUUGGUUAGGAAAUGAAGUAUCAACACCUCCAGCAAGUGUUGCCAGCGGAAAAAGUCAUUCACAAUUAGCCAAAACACGAUCAAGAGAGGGACAAAGAUUAUCCGAAUUAGGUCGAACUUUGGUGACAUCAGCAUCACUCAAAUCGUAUAUUGAUUUGUUGAGUAGUCAUCAUCGACAAAGUAUUGCUGCUUGGUUAUAUGGAAAUGUUAAUCAUGCAUUCAGCAAUCUUUUCAGGUGAUUUAUUGUAAUUUUGCUUGAAUAGCACAUAACUUUUCCUAAAAACGUUGAGAAAACAAGGACUAGUUUAAUGUUGAAAACCUAGUCCCUCAUUUUUUUUAUUCCACAAUUUUUUUGCGCGAACAUUUUUGCAAUUUUUUAUUGUUCCUAAAAACAUAACCCGAAUAAAAAUAAUUUUUCAGAUUCUCCGACUCCCAAGUUUAUUGUUCGGACGCUGAAGCAACUAUCUCAUUGUCAAUUAGAAACGGAAUUGGACACGCUGUUAAAUUGGCAUUGAAGAAAACUUAUGGAUCUGAUUAUAACACAAAAGGAUGGAGAUCAUUUGUUGAACAAGGAGCUCCAGUUGUUUAUGUUUCACCAGCUUUACAUAUGGAUGUUUCCAGCUACUUGGCUUCCGAAUUUGGUAUUGCCGAUGUUACAAUUUUGCCGAAAAUUGAAUCUGAUUUGAGUGAAAUCGAAGGAAGAAUUGUGAGUUUUUUCUUGUGAAUUGAAACAUACAUGUGGUUACAAAAUUUUAUGUUUAGAAACUAGACGUUUCAGCAAAAAAAAUGAGAUAUGUGACACCCUUGAGAUUUAAUCUUCUUUUUCUUAAACCCUCCUUUCAUCAAUCAAAAAACAUGUUUCAGGAUCAUGUAAAAUUCGAAAAAAUCCUUGAUGAAGAUAUUGCUGCUGGCAAAAAGCCAUUGAUCCUUCUUGGAGUCGUUGGUUCAACAAUUCUUGGACAAAAUGAUAUGAUCUCAAAAAUUCUUGAAAUUCGUCAGAAUAAAGCUCAAUUCUGGCUUCAUAUCACCGGUCAAGCAAUUGCCGCUCUUGCCUUCCGCGAACCAAAUAAUGUUUUGGUUCAUGUUCUUUCACAAGUUGAUAGUAUGACAUUCCCAAUUGCAUUAUGGCUUGGAAUUCCAAGUGCUCCAGUUGUAACUCUUCAUAAAAGUGUUGAAGGUUACAAGGCUAGUUAUCGUGAGAAAUUGGACACUUUACCUUGGUGGGUAGCAACAUCUUAUUUGACUGGAAAGAAAAUUGUCGAUAUGAUUGAAAACGCUUAUCUUUUGGUAAGAAAUUAUCAUUUUUGAAAAUUACAUUUCUUAAUUUUUAUAAUUUCAGAGCAAGAUUAUGCUCAAAGGCUUGUCUGGAAUUCCACAAAUUGAGAUUGUUGGUGUUGAAAACCCAGUUGAUUUUGCUAAUCGUGUUUAUAAGAGUAAAUAUACCGCCCCAACAGUGCUCAUUUUCAAGUAUAACUAUGAAAAUAUCAAGAAUGCCGUUCAAGUGAGUACUUCAAUCUUAUUCAGAUACAGAAAACCUUGAAUAAUUUUUCAGCACCACAAGAAUCUCAUCGAGAAAAAUGAGGAUCAUCAAGCUAUUGUCAAUGCUGAAAAAGCACUUCAAGAAGAAUUGGAAUAUGGAGAUUAUUUGAACGCGUGGCUUAGAGAUGGAAUGCUUGUUGAAUCACAAUCUCUUGGUGUUGAUACUAUUGAACUUGGGGGAAAUUAUGGAAUCGCUUUCAGAUUCUGCCCAUUGGAACAUGCAGCUAGUAAGACCUUCAAAAUUAAUAACGAAUUUCACAGAGCAAAUAUGUUUUUCAGCUUUCUCAUCGCAUAUUGACCAUGUUCAAAGAUUUAUCCGUAGAUUGAGCGACAUUAUCAAGAUUGUUGAAUCAACUGUAGAUGCUAGAGCUAAAUUUGGAGAACUUAAAGAUGAAUUCCCAUCAUUGGUUUUGUUGCCAAUUAGAAACUGGGCUGGUAUUGGAGCUGUUUGGUAGGAUUUUUACAUUAUAUAUUUUUUUCAGAAUUUGAAACAGUUUCAUUUCAAUAUUUUUUCAGCUAUAUCCCAUCUAUUGUUAAAGAGACCAAUCCUGAUGACUGGAACGAUAUUCAAAAACAACAAAUUUCUCACCUUAAUUUGGAACUUGUUCAUCAAAUUCGAUCAGUUGAUGCUGCUUUUUCAUCUGGUGAAUGUACAAAAUAUGGAGUGGCUUGUGUUAAAUUUGGUAUGCUCAGCGAUGUCAAAGAUUUGGUUAAUCUUGUACAAAUGGUUGCUCAAAAAGGAAAAGAAAUUGAAAAUAGUCAACAGGUAAAUCAAUAUAUAACAAUUUCAUAAUCUUUUCAAAAUAUAUGUUUUCAGUAUCUUGAUAGCUUGGCUGAACUUAUCCGUCAAGGUAUUGAAGCUGCCAAUCAACAUCUUAAACGUGAGAAUGAUCUUCGCUUGCAAAACGAGGGAAUGAUAAGACAACUUCCAAUUAUGGGAUCUUUGGUCAAUUGGUGGUCACCACUCACACCAGAAUCUCAAAAUAUUCGAGGACGCGCAUUCAAUUUGAAAACUGGAGAAAUGCAAGAAACAGACGUAUUAUUCAAAAAAUCGAGAGAUUCCACAGCAGCUAGUGACACACCUCAAGUUCCACAUGAAGUUACAACAACACCUGAAAAUGCUGAAACUGUUGAAUCAGUUACUCCAACUGAAAAUGAAGUUAGUGAACAAACCGAAAAUGCAACUGAUGGAACAAAUGAAGAAAAAAAUUGA